AUGGUCAAUCGCUGGAGCGGCCACGUUACAACAGGGUUCGAACCCAGUACACAGCCGCCGUACACAGCCGCGGACACGAUGCCGACUCACGGCGGCCCCGGCCGCUUCGAUACUGUCGCGGGCCUUCUCGCCGCGACGCCGCCUCAACUUCGGCUCCUGGACAGCUCGCUGCCCGACGACGCCGAGCGCGCCGCUGUGCGCAGCUGCUGCGCUGGACGGACCGAGCUCUAUCGCGAGGCCUGCGCGAGUCUCGUCCACGCGCGCUCCACCUUCUUCUCGGACCUCAACGCGGCGCUCGAUGCCGAUGUCUUUGAUUCUGCCUUUCGAUUCAAAUCGCCGUCGUGGCUCGCGAAGCGCGCGGGGCAUGAGCUGUUGGCGCGCGUACCGCUCACUGCAUCGCGCGAACACGUGCCGCACGACCGGACGGCCUAA